AUGGUUCAAAUAUCAGAUAAAUCCCAAAAGUACGAAUCCAUUUUAUCAAAUAACAACUUUUUCUAUCCAAGCACAUACAAAUCUUCACUAACAAUAAAAUUGAAUUGGAAAGCUCAAGAAGCUGAAUUGGAAAACUCAAAAAGAGAUGGAUUGUUUGUCCCAGAUUCACAAAAAUUGUUCAUAGAAUUAAUAAAUUACUUAAAUAAAGUCCAAAAAUACAAUUGCGUUCGAAUAUCUUUGAAUUUUUAUUCGAUUCUUUACAAUGAGCAUUCAUAUACAUUCUACUUUGAUACUUAUGAUGAUGCAAUUAGAAAUGAUAAGGAAAUCGCUCAAAAACUCGCUAACCUUUACCAAGUCCAUCCAGUUAUUCAAAUUCAUGAUGAAACGCAGGGUAAGAAGUUACCUAAGCUUAUGGAAAAGAAAGGCCAGCGUCGCUGA